UGGACUUUUCUCUGCAGAGAGCAAGCCUAAAUGCAUAGUGCUUGAAAAGUUGUCAGAUGAACAAAAGGAGAAAUAUUCUCAAAACGAGGCAGCUGAAGCUCUAGCUGCUAGUAUAAAUUUUCGAGUUAUUAUUGAACUAUUGAUACAAUCAAAAAAACCUCUGGUAGGUCAUAAUUGUCUCCUGGAUAUUUGUCAGAUUGUUCAUCAAUUUUGGCAAGAUUUGCCAGAAAAGUUGAAAGAAUGGAAAAGUCUC